GUUCAACAAUGAAACAAGUCAAAACAAGAAGAGAGAUGCUGUGAAAAGCAAGUAUUGCAGUCAGUGGAUAGCCGUUGUAUUACUAGUUUACCUUUCUAUGACAUAGCAGAGUAUAAUUAGAUUGUCUGAGUUUAUUUUGGGGGGUACGUUAGCAAGUUAUUGGUGAUAUUUAAUCUUUAUCUAGUUAUAGUAGCUAGAUACCCAGUAACGUUAGGUUAGUAAGGACAAACACAUAUGCGUUGCAUUAAUUGACCCUGAUAGCUAUAUAAGGUCGGCUACAUUAUUCAGACUAUCCUUGGCAUAGUCACCGUUUGGCCUACGUACGUGGACGGUGUUGUACAGUGAACUGGGGAGGCGUGUCAAGUGUUACGACAUAAUCAGCUCGAGUCGACAUUAUAGAGGACGACGAGCUACCGUUUGGCGAGUCAGUCUCUUGAAGUGAGAACAAAGUCGUUGUGAUAUCUUAAAACCUGCAAAACUAGUAUUUUUGUAAAAGCUUAAAGCUUUGAAAAUGUCUUUGGCUGACCAAAGUCAGCAGUGGUAUCCCACAAGCGUACAGGUGACCGUGUUCCAAGCCAGGAAUUUGAGGAUCAAAGGAAAGAAUGGAACCAACGAUGCCUAUGCCAUCAUGCAGGUGGCCAAAGACAAGUUUUCUACCUCGGUUGCCGAAAAAUGUGUCGCACCGGUAUGGAAGGAAGAGGCAACGUUUGACCUGCCACUGUUCCACCAUGGCAAUGCUGAACGCUGCACACUAUACAUCAUAGUAAUGCACAGAGCUCUGGUGGGACUGGACAAGCUCCUGGGACGAGCUGUGAUCAACCUACUUGAUCUACACGAUAACAGCGCCCGCAAAAAGACCGAUUGGUACAAACUGCUGGAUAAGAAUGGGAAGGAGGACAAGGUCAGAGGGGAAGUGAUGAUGGACAUCCAGUUCAUGAGAAACAACUUAACAGCCAGCAUGUUUGACCUUUCCAUGCAAGACAAACCACGCUCCCGCAUCGGAAAGCUCAAGGACAAAGUGCGUGGGAAAAAAAAGGACAGCUUCUCUGACUCGGCCUCUGCAAUAGUGCCCUCUUUCAGCCAGGUAGUCACUGACAGCGAGGGAGAGGCUGACUCUCUCUCAGUGUGCCCAGUGUCCCCUGGGGCCAAGAAAAAAUCCAAGCUCAAGUCCCUCUUUGCCCCUAAAUCCAACCUGCAGCGCAACGUCUCCCAGUCCAUGUCCACACUGGGCACUCUUCCUGAGAAGAACGCAUCCCUCGGUGGCAGUCGCUCUUCUGGCCUCAAUGUGGAUUCUCCUGAUGUUAAAAAGAAGUUCACGUUCCUGGGCCACAAGCGCACAGGCAGCAAUGACAGCAAAGUGUCUACAGGACCUUUUUCUCUUCUGGGCAGAUCCAAGCAGAAAGAAGACCCGAACAGCACGUGCAUCAACGGCAAUCAUGUGUAUGCAGAGGAGGUAGAACCCAUGUCUGGGUCCACCCUCAGCCUUAACAGCUCUGGUCAGGGCUCAGUGGAGGAUGUACGAAGCCACAGGCAACCAUCUGACGCCGCCGUGGACUCCUUCAAGGGCGCCCCUGUCAACACCUACAGAAAGGAGUCUGCGGAUAGGGAUAGGGCUCUGCUGGAGCAAAGGCGCCUUCAGGAAGAGGGAGAGAAGAGGCAGGCUGAGGAGAAGAGACAUAAUGAGGAGAAACAAAGAGUGCAGCUCAAGGUACUGCAGGAGGAGGAACGCAAGAAACAGGAGGAGCAGGAGAGAAGGUUCCAGGAGGAUGAGGCAAGGAGGAAGAAGCAACAGGAAGAGGAAGAGGACCGGAAGCGGCUAGCGGAAGAAAGAAGGCGGCUGAAGGCGGGUGAGCUUCAGAGGCUGGGGGAGGAGCAGAGGCAGCAGGAGGAGGCCAAGAAGGCAGAGGAGCAGAAACAACAGGAGGAGGCCUCUGUGACUGAGAGGCUGUCCUCUCUGUUUGGUAUGAUCAGGAAGAAGGAAGAGCUGCAGCAGAGUGUCGCCAAUGAGGUGAGGCCCAACCCAUCUCCCAGUCACAGCACCAGAGAUUUGGAGGUCCCUGUUCCUGCCCCUCGCCAUGCUGCCAACCCAUUCAAGAAUAUUCUCCUCAGCUCAGACCCUCCAAUCCCAUUUGAGGAGAGCCCGGUGGACCACCAGAAGGGUGUUUGCGGAACCAACACCCCGAGCGCUGCAGUCUUCAACUCCAACCGCACUGCCAAGGUGUCUGCAGUCAAGCCCAGGCCUCACCCAGUGAAGCCCAUGAGCUCCAUGGAGAGCCAUGCUCUCAUCAACACCCCAGUGGUGAGAGAGAUGAAGACCUAUGACCGCUCACUGGAAAAUAUGAAGGCACCAGGUAAGGUGGAGAGUGGGCCAUACAGCCAGCUGACCCAGGAGGAGCUGAUUACCCUGGUGGUGAAGCAGCAGACGGAGCUCGCCAAGAAGGACUUCAAGAUCGUUGAGUUGGAGGAGUACAUAGACAACCUGCUGGUGCGUGUCAUCGAGGAGAAGCCCAGCAUCCUGCAAGGCCUCAACUCUCCCAAGCAGGCCCUGUAAGAUGUGAGGAGUGGGCCAGGGAACUGUAGGAUGGAGGGAAAGAUUUAGGCUUCUACUCCAAUGUUCCGUUUAGUUUGUGUGGUUUUAUAUUGCUGUCACUGUCACUUUGCUCAUAUGCACUUUUGUCUCCAUGAGGAGUCAGGCUGAGAUUCAACUUCCAGGUUUCUUUCAGAAUCCGGGAUGCAUGCUGGAAUGCUUUUUUCUAGAACUAAUUAAUGAAUCAUUCCAGGCUACUAUUAUUUGACCAGCUUUUGCUCUUGUUGUAACACUACGCUACUGGAAUUCAUUUUAUACUAAUUUACCGUAUGCGCACAUUUCUUGUCAUUGGGUUGGUACUUUUUUAAUCAACUUUUUAAAUCGGUCUCCUCUUCAGGCAGAAUAGAACUGGAUGCCCUCGGUAUGUUGAUGUCCAUGUCACUGAUGAAAUGUAUCUGUCCAGGCCUUUGCACAGUGACUCCAUGGUGCCUACAAUUCAGUGGACUUUAAUUAGCUAGUUAUACUUUGAUAUCUGCUCAUCCCAAAGCCUUAACACAGCGCUUCAAUAAUAAGAUGCUAGGGUUUUAUUUUGUUGCAUUCUUAACUUGAUCUUCUUUCAUUGUUUUCUAGGGUUAUGUUUGUCAUUCCUUUCUUUACAUUAUCAUGACUUGCCUUGGUGCUGCUAUACUACUUGGUGUAAUCACAGGAGUUGAUCUAAUACCAAAUAAAAUGGAUAAUAAUUAUUGUGGGGCUCGGUACAAGUUCAUCAACCUUAAUCAGAAAGUCCAUGUUGUGUGGUAGGAACAUGUCGGAUAAACAAUGGUCUUCGUGUAGUUAGCUCGUUGACGCAUUAUUGAACCUGUGAUUGGAUUCUCGUGGUUUGAUUGGAAACCCUCAUCAGUCAACAUUCCUUACUUCAGUUUCUUGCAUUAGUUACCUAAUUACUUUAGUUGUUUAUCCUACCGUCCCCUUGUUACAUUUUGAAGUCAUGGAUAAAUGUGGUUAAAUUUGGCCAGCAACCGAAAGGUCACUGGUUCAAAUCCCUCAAGGUGGAAAGAACUGAUCAUCUUCAUGAGCAAGGAGAGACCUGAUAUUCACUUUUUUAAAUGUAUUUAUUUUUAUCUACUGCUGUUGAAUCACUGAUGUACCCACUGUGCAGUCUUUUCUUUCUAUUGUUUAAAUAUUUAUGCAAAUAUAAGUGCACACACCAUGUCAAAUAUUUAUGCAAGAGUAACUAAGAGUUUAACUUUGAGUAAGAGCUUCCAAUAUAAUUACAUUUUAUAUGGAAAUUGAGAAAAUUUACAACUUCAUAUUCAUUUCCAGCACAACCCCAGCAUCAACAAACAGUAUGUGAAAACCGUGUUUCCUAUGUUUUGUAGUAAAAAUGAGAGCUAAGUGUUUCCCAUUACAUCAAACAAUUAGUAGGCAAUGCCAAAUAAUUGGUGCACAAUGAUGUCAUUGGAAACCAUCUUCCUCCAUCUUUACUACUAAACAUAGAAAUGUGCCAUUUUCACAUGUUGAUGUUGGGGAGCUGCUGGAGAUGAGGAAUAUGAAGUUGAAAUUUCAAUUUAAGCAUUAUGAAUGUUUCAAAAUGAACCUUGUCCCUGUUAGAUGUAAUGCCUUUGGCACUUUGAAGUGCUUAUUAAGCGGUAGGUUUUGACACUGACAAUAGCCUUACAAAUGGUAAGUCUCAAUGUAAUCUACUCAAUGCAUCUUCUGCAACUAUGCCUUCGUGUAAUGUCAUAGCAAUAAGAAAUCUUGUGAAAUAUUCACGUCUAUGAUUGUGCCUUCAAGGGUUUUACACCUAAGAAUUUACUUUUUGUGAUUACUGUAAGUCUGGAUUCCUUAAGAGCUUUUUUUGUUUAUACUGCUUUUAAAUUCAGAGUAUUGUAUACACUGAUCGUUCCAAAUGAAAUAAAGUAUAAGAAAUCUUAA